UUAUUAGAAUUAUUUUAAGAAAAACUAUAUUUUAUUUUAAGAACCGUGCAUGUGACUAUAGGAUACAGAUGUGUACACCUGAGAAAGAAAACUGGGUUUCUCUUGAAACCUGUUUAUCUCCACCUGUUCAUCAUAUAUUAUGUUCAUUGGCAAUCAGCUGUGAAGAAAGAGAUGUACUUAAACAUACAGGAACUUUAAAUUGGGAAAAAAUGAAGGAUUUAUUAAGUGAUAAUGGCAACAAGCAAUUGGAUUCUAUAACUUUUGAAGAAGCCAUUAGUCAUUUGGCUCCUGUUUUUGUACAUGUUAAGAAUACUUAUGAAAAAAUGACCGAAGAACAAUUCUUUGAGUUAUCCGAUAAUUUAACAUGGACUAACAAUAAAGAAAUUUUUUUGAAAUGUUAUAACAUGUUAAAACAUGAUGAUGCUGUUAAUAAUGUUCUUGUGAUUCUUUACUUAUCUUUUGUUAUAGAAAGAUCAUUAGGAAAUGUUUUCUUAAUGAAAGGUAAACAAGUUCCAAACUUAUUGAGAGAUUUAUUAAUGACAAGUAUAUUGGAGGAAAUUUUUGGAAACAUUCAGGUACUUUAUAUUAAUAUUUAAUUUACAGUAGAAUCUUGAUUAUCUGAAUAUUGACUAACUGUAAUUGGAGUUAACUGAAACAGUCUGUAUUUUUUUUAUUGUAUUAUUAUACUUAAUUCUACAACAGUAUUUAUUCUUUUAUGAAUUUUAAUGUAGUUUUACUUUACUAAGAAAUCCCAAUCAAUGCCCCAUCACAUCUUAGAUUUUUGAAAAAUUGCAACAUUCAUUUAAUGCUUUCUCUCCAAUGUUACCAACUUAAUACAACUGAUGACCAAAAAGUUUCUGGAAUGUAUGAAAUGGAAUUAUUUUCAAAGUACAAACAAAAGUAGUGGACUAUCUUCAAUGCAGUUACAAUGCGCACAAUACUGUAAUUACAACAAUAAAUGUAUUUCAGAUGUACAUGUUUCUUUGUAUUUUUACACUGAAAAUUAACUUUCUGGAUUAUCCAAAAAUCCAUUUAUCCAAAAU